AUGAGGAACAACAGAGUUCCCCUAGGGGCAGGGGUCGGGCAGCUCCCAGACCCGCUGUUGCCCUGGGGGGGCACCCUGAGCUGGGGGCCUGGACUCAAGCCACAGACUUUCGCUUCCUCUUCUGAGCUGCAGUGCGUGCGGGUGCACCCCAAAUGCCACAGUCGCUUCUGCAACACAGGCUCUGAGCAGAGGCGCCCACUGGCCCUCUCUCCUGGCCCGAGGCCCAGAAGCCCUGUGUCCUGUCCUGGGCUCUGGGCACUGGGCUUUCCUGAAGGAGACGCCGCCGGGGGCACGUCUAGAAUGAGGCUGGGGUGCCACCGGCCGGCUCAGCUGCGAGAAGCCUGGGUCCCCAGCACGGAGCACCUUCUCCCCGGACCCCCGGAACCGUGGGUUAGGAUCCGGACCCCGCCCGCCACUCCCCCCGCCAUGCACAGCCUCCCGCUCCUGCUGCUUCUUGCUGCGCUGUGGCUACAGGAGGUCGCCCCCGGGGCCUCCCUGCCCCACGUGGAGCAGUACAAGGUGGUGAGGCCCCGGCGCCUGCCAGCGCCCCGCACCCGCCGAGCCCUGCCCUCCCACUUGGGCCUGUACCCGGAGAGUGUGAGCUACGUCCUGGGGGCCCAAGGGCACACUUUCACACUGCACCUUCGGAAGAACAGGGACCUGGUGGGCUCGGGCUACGUGGAGACCUACACGGCCGCCGAUGGCUCCCAGGUGACGGAGCAGCUGCCGAGGCAGGACCACUGCUUCUACCAGGGCGACGUGGAGGGGCACCAGGGCUCCGCCGCCAGCCUCAGCACCUGCGCCGGCCUCAGGGGCUUCUUCCGGGCCGGCUCCACCGUGCACCUGAUCGAGCCCCUGGACGGGGGCGGGGAAGAGGGGCAACACGCGCUGUACCAGCCACAGCACCUGCAGCAGAAGACCGGCACCUGCGGGGUCAACGACAGCAGCCUGGAGACCAUCCUGGGGCCGCGGGUCUCGGCGGCCCUCAGGCCCCGGAACUGGCCCGUGGCCCGAGAGACCCGCUACGUGGAGCUGUUCGUGGUCACGGACAGCAGAGAGUUCCAGCGGUUGGGGAGCAGAGAGGCUGUGCGCCAGCGGGUGCUGGAGGUGGUCAACCACGUGGACAAGCUUUAUCAGGAGCUCGAUUUCCGCGUGGUGCUCGUGGGCCUGGAGAUGUGGAACGGCGGGGACAAGAUUCACGUCAGCACCCAGGCCGACACCACACUGAACAACUUCCUGUCCUGGCGGGCGCGAGACCUGGCGGGGCGGCACCUGCACGACAACGCACAGCUCGUCACCGGGGUCGACUUCGCAGGGACCACCGUGGGACUGGCCAAGGUGUCCGCCAUGUGCUCCCAGGACUCGGGGGCUGUGAACCAGGACCACAGCCCGAACCCCAUCGGCGUGGCGAGCACCAUGGCCCACGAGAUGGGCCACAACCUGGGCAUGGACCACGACGAGAACAUCCAGGACUGCUACUGCCCGGUGCCGCGGGACGGCGGCGGCUGUGUGAUGGCGGCCAGCAUCGGCUCCAACUUCCCCAGAAAGUUCAGCCACUGCAGCCGGGCUGACCUGGAGACGUUCGUGGAGAAGCCCCGGACGGCCUGCCUGGUGGUCGCCCCAGACCCCGACCGGCUGGUGGGCGGCCCUGUGUGCGGGAACCGGUUCGUGGAGCGUGGGGAGCAGUGCGACUGCGGCGCCCCCCAGGACUGUCAGAACCGCUGCUGCAAUGCCAGCACCUGCCUGCUGGCCAAGGGGGCCGAGUGUGCCUACGGCACCUGCUGCCACGAGUGCAGGGUGAAGCCGGCCGGAGAGCCCUGCCGUCCCGCAAAGGACCAGUGUGACCUCGGGGAGUACUGCGACGGCCUGCAGCCCACGUGUCCCGAGGACGCCUUCUGGGAGAACGGCACGCCCUGCCCGGGGGGCUACUGCUACAACGGGGCCUGCCCCACGGUGGCCCAGAGGUGCCGGGACUUGUGGGGGCCAGGCGCUUGGGUUGCCGUGGAGACGUGCUACAGCUACAGCAUCUCCGAAGGCUGCAGGGGCAGGAUCCCCCUGGACUUGGGCAGGGUCAACAAGUGUGGCCCUCUGUUCUGUGAGGGGGGGCUGAAGCCCCCGGAGCGGAGUUCCUGCACCCUCACCUCCUCCGCGGGUGAUUGCCAGGCUCUUGUCCAGGACAGCAGCAGCGCGUACGAGCCAGUGCCAGAAGGCACCAAGUGUGGCAGGGAGCAGAUUUGCUGGAAAGGCUUCUGCCAGGACCUCCAUGUCUACAGAUCCAGCAACUGCUCUGCCCGGUGUAGCAACCAUGGGGUGUGCAACCACAAGGACCAGUGCCACUGCCACCCGGGCUGGGCCCCGCCCUACUGCGCAGAGAUGCUGUCUAACGUGCGCACAGCGUCCCGGAGCCUCCUGGUGGGCGUGCUGGUGCCUGUGGUGCUCCUGGUGCCUGUGGCGCUGACCCUGGCAGGCGUGGUCAUGUACCGCAGAGCCCGGCGCCCCGUCCGCAGGAGGAAUGUGGCGCCCAAGCUGCCCACGACGGCCACGGGGCUCUCCAACCCCCUGUUCCACGAGGGGCACAGGACACCCGUGAAGGGCAGGGCCCCGGCUCCCACCGGGGGGCCCCCAGAGCUGGGCCUUUCCUCUCACCCCAGCCAGCGCCCCAAACCCACGGCUUCCGCAGUGACCCCUAAGCGGCCACCCCCUGCUCCUCCAGCCGCUGUGUCCAGCACACCGUCCCCGGUUCCUGUGUAUACCCAGCAGGCCCCGGGUCAGCUCAGACCUGCUCCUCCCACCAAGCGCCUGCUGAAGGCCAAGCAGGUCAUCAGGCCAACCUGCACUCCACCGAUGCCACCCGUCAAGCCCAGUGCUGGAGGGGCCCAGCCUGGACCCACUCAGGGAGUUGUUGGCCCAAAGGUUGCUCUGAAACCCCCCGUCCAGAGGAGGUGAUGGGGCCCGAGCUCAAAGCACCCUGGGGGGCAUCUGUGCACCUGUCUGGACGUUGCCUGUGGUCAUGUGACCUCGCCACCAGCACUGACAGACCAGCUGCCUGGCCCCAGGCCCUCCGUCCCCUUCCCCGACGAGGGCUGGGUCCACUGUGAAAAGCCCUAGCGGAAGAGCCAACUCCUCAUGGCCAAGGUCACUCUUCAGCACCCCACGGUCACAGCCCAGGCCCUCUCCGCCCAGGACUCCGCGGUCGGGCCCUCGGCUGCUGUCCUGACCUCAGGAACGGGGGCCAGGACAGUGCCUCCUCACCCACGUAUGUCUCCAGACUGCCACUGGUGUCUGGUCUGGGUCUCUGGAAACCUCAGAUGCACAUUCAGUAGCGCUGAAAACUUUAAUGAAGUUUUUGUAUUCUACAAUUAAAUUAUUGAUGAAAUUCUAAAUGACGGGAGAUCGGUGGAAAAUGUUGCAUGUGAAACAAUGUGGAAUUUAUAAGAUUUAAGGGUCCAGUGCUUGUUAAAAUAAAAGUCUACUGUA